CGCAAAAAAUAAAUAAAUUAGAGCAUCUUUUGGGGGGAGGGAAUUCAGCGGAUCAGUGUCUUAGAGGAGCUUUUUUUUUUAAGAGCGAGAAAUCAUAUAAAAUAAAAUGAAAUAAAACAAGGAGGAAGGCAACCAGCUGUUAGAGGGGGGAAAUAAGGCAGAUAAAGGAGCGGGGAGAGAAAUUAAUUGCCAACCAGGAGGAGUUGGGCUGUAUUUUUCAAAGGUGGGGGGAGUGGAGCACACACCUUGAGGAGGAAAGCGAGAAAGAAAAGAAAAAAGCAAGUGGACGGGGGGGCUCGCCCAAGAAGGGUGAAGAAGCGAAGAAAGUCGAGGCGCCGAGGCUCCUAAAGCUGGCAGCUCCGGGCGGCGGUGCAGGGGCGAAGGGGGGGCGGGGGGGACCGUCGGACAUGCGGCUCUGGAGUUGGGUGCUGCGCCUGGGGCUGCUGAGCGCCGCGCUGGGCUGCGGGCUGGCCGAGCGCCCCCGCCGGGCCCGGAGAGACCCGCGGGCCGGCCGCCCCCCGCGCCCCGCCGCCGGCCCGGCCACCUGCGCCACCCGGGCGGCCCGCGGCCGCCGCGCCUCGCCGCCGCCGCCGCCGCCGCCGCCGCCGGGCGGUGCCUGGGAAGCCGUGCGCGUCCCCCGGCGGCGGCAGCAGCGGGAGACGAGGGGCGCCGCGGAGGAGCCGAGCCCGCCGAGCCGGGCGCUCUAUUUCAGCGGGCGAGGCGAGCAGCUGCGCCUGCGGGCCGACCUCGAGCUGCCCCGGGACGCGUUCACGCUGCAAGUGUGGCUGCGAGCGGAGGGGGGCCAGAGCUCUCCGGCGGUGAUCACAGGGCUAUAUGACAAAUGUUCUUAUGCCUCACGUGACCGAGGAUGGGUCGUGGGCAUUCACACCGUCAGUGACCAAGGCAACAGAGACCCACGCUACUUUUUCUCCUUGAAGACAGACCGGGCCCGGCAAGUGACCACCAUCAAUGCCCACCGCAGCUACCUCCCAGGCCAGUGGGUACACCUGGCUGCCACCUACGACGGGCGGCUGAUGAAGCUCUAUGUGAACGGUGCCCAGGUGGCAACCUCUGGGGAGCAGGUGGGUGGCAUUUUCAGCCCACUGACCCAGAAGUGUAAAGUCCUCAUGCUGGGAGGCAGUGCCCUCAACCACAACUACCGGGGCUACGUGGAGCGCUUCAGCCUAUGGAAGGUGGCCAGGACGCAGCGCGAGGUCCUGCUGGACAUGGAGACCCGCGGCCUCCACGCUCCUCUACCUCAGCUCCUCCUCCAGGAGAACUGGGACAACGUGAAGCGCGCCUGGUCCCCCAUGAAGGACGGCAGCAGCCCCCGCGUGGAGGCCAGCGGCGCCCACGGCUUCCUGCUGGACACGAGUCUGGAGCCGCCUCUGUGCGGGCAGACGCUGUGUGACAACCCCAAGGUCAUCUCCAGCUACAACCAGCUGCCGCGUUUCCGCCGGCCCAAGGUGGUGCGCUACCGCGUGGUCAACCUCCACGACGAUGGCCGCGAGAACCCCACGGUGAGCCGCCAGCAGAUCGAUUUCCAGCACCGGCAGCUGGCCGAGGCCUUCAAGCGCUACAACAUCUCCUGGGAGCUGGAGGUGCUGGAGGUGAGCAACUCGUCCCUGCGCCGCCGCCUCGUCCUGGCCAACUGCGACAUCAGCAAGAUCGGGGACGAGAACUGCGACCCCGAGUGCAACCACACGCUGACCGGCCACGAUGGCGGGGACUGCCGCCACCUGCGUCACCCCGCCUUCACCAAGAAGCAGCAGAACGGGGUGUGCGACAUGGACUGCAAUUACGAGCGGUUCAACUUCGACGGCGGGGAGUGCUGUGACCCCGAGAUCACCGAUGUCACCAAGACCUGCUUCGAUCCCGACUCUCCGCACAGAGCAUACUUGGAUGUUAAUGAGCUGAAGAACAUUCUUAGACUGGAUGGAUCAACACACCUCAAUAUCUUCUUUGCAAACUCCUCGGAGGAGGAAUUGGCAGGAGUAGCAACUUGGCCGUGGGACAAGGAGGCCCUAAUGCAUUUAGGUGGCAUUGUCUUGAAUCCAUCUUUCUAUGGCAUUCCUGGGCACACCCACACCAUGAUCCAUGAGAUCGGGCACAGCCUGGGCCUCUAUCACAUCUUCCGAGGCAUCUCAGAAAUCCAGUCUUGCAGUGACCCCUGCAUGGAGACAGAGCCUUCCUUUGAGACCGGAGACCUCUGCAGUGACACCAACCCAGCCCCAAAACACAAGUUCUGCGGUGACCCGGGGCCAGGGAACGACACCUGUGGCUUUAACAGCUUCUUCAACACUCCUUACAACAACUUCAUGAGCUAUGCAGAUGACGACUGCACUGACUCCUUCACGCCCAAUCAAGUCGCCAGAAUGCACUGUUACCUGGACCUGGUGUACCAGAGCUGGCAGCCCUCCAGGAAGCCGGCGCCUGUCGCCCUUGCCCCCCAGAUCGUGGGCCACACGACCGACUCCGUGAUGCUGGAGUGGUUCCCGCCCAUCGACGGCCACUUCUUUGAAAGAGAAUUGGGAUCAGCAUGUGACCUUUGCCUGGAAGGGAGAAUCCUGGUGCAAUAUGCCUUCAACGCCUCCUCCCCGAUGCCCUGUGGCCCAUCAGGACACUGGAGUCCUCGGGAAGCAGAAGGUCAUCCAGAUGUUGAACAACCCUGUAAGUCCAGUGUCCGCACCUGGAGCCCAAAUUCAGCUGUCAACCCACACACAGUCCCUCCAGCCUGCCCUGAGCCACAAGGCUGCUACCUUGAACUGGAAUUCCACUACCCCUUGGUCCCUGAGUCUUUGACCAUCUGGGUGACCUUUGUCUCCACUGACUGGGACUCCAGUGGGGCUGUCAAUGACAUCAAACUGUUGACUGUCAGUGGGAAGAACAUCUCCCUGGGCCCUCAGAACGUCUUCUGUGAUGUCCCACUGACCAUCAAACUCCGGGAUGUGAGCGAGAAGGUGUAUGGCAUCCAGAUCUACACGUUGGAUGAGCACUUGGAGAUAGAUGCGGCCAUGUUGACCUCUGUUGCAGACAGCCCACUCUGCCUGGAGUGUAAGCCCUUGCAGUACAAGGUGGUCCGGGAUCCUCCUCUCCAGGUGGACGUGGCCUCCACCCUACACUUCAGUAGAAGAUUCACAGACAUGGAUCUAAAUCUUGGCAGUGUGUACCAGUACUGGGUCAUCACUAUUUCAGGAAACGAAGAGAGUGAGCCAUCACCUGCUGCCACAUACAUCCAUGGAAGUGGGUACUGCGGUGAUGGCAUCAUCCAGAAAAGCCAAGGUGAAGAAUGUGAUGACAUGAAUAAGAUCAAUGGGGAUGGUUGCUCCCUUUUCUGCCGACAGGAAGUUUCCUUCAAUUGCAUCGAUGAACCCAGCCGGUGCUAUUUCCAUGAUGGUGAUGGGGUAUGUGAGGAGUUUGAACAAAAAACUAGCAUCAAAGACUGUGGUGUCUACACGCCCCAGGGGUUCCUGGAUCAAUGGGCAUCCAACGCUUCCGUAUCCCAUCAAGACCAGCAGUGCCCAGGCUGGGUCGUCAUCGGCCAACCAGCAGCAUCCCAGGUGUGUCGAACCAAGGUGAUAGAUCUCAGUGAAGGCAUUUCCCAGCAUGCCUGGUACCCUUGCACCAUCAGCUACCCGUACUCCCAGCUGGCUCAGACCACUUUCUGGCUCCGGGCGUACUUUUCUCAGCCAAUGGUUGCUGCAGCUGUCAUCGUCCACCUGGUGACCGACGGGACCUAUUACGGGGAUCAGAAGCAGGAAACCAUCAGCGUCCAGCUGCUUGAUACCAAAGACCAGAGCCAUGAUCUAGGCCUCCAUGUUCUGAGCUGCAGGAACAAUCCCCUGAUUAUCCCCGUGGUCCACGACCUCAGCCAGCCCUUCUACCACAGCCAGGCGGUACGUGUGCGCUUCAGUUCACCCUUGGUCGCCAUCUCGGGGGUGGCCCUCCGUUCCUUCGACAACUUUGACCCCGUCACCCUGAGCAGCUGCCAGAGAGGGGAGACCUACAGCUCUGCCGAGCAGAGCUGCGUGCACUUCGCAUGUGAGGCCAAUGACUGCCCGAAGCUGGCCGUGGAGAACGCUUCUCUCAACUGCUCCAGCAGUGACCGCUACCACGGUGCCCGGUGCACCGUGAGCUGCCGCACGGGCUACGUGCUCCAGAUACAGCGGGACGAUGAGCUGAUCAAAAGCCAGGCAGGACCCAGUGUCACGGUGACCUGCGCGGAGGGCACGUGGAACAAGCAGGUGGCGUGUGAGCCCGUGGACUGCGGCGUCCCGGACCAGCACCACGUCUACGCCGCCUCGUUCUCCUGCCUCGAGGGCACCACGUUCGGCAGCAAGUGUUCCUUCCGGUGCCGCCACCCGGCGCAGCUGAAAGGCAACAACAGUCUCCUGACCUGCAUGGAGGACGGGCUGUGGUCCUUCCCAGAGGCCCUGUGCGAGCUCCUGUGCCUGGCUCCACCCCCGGUGCCCAACGCAGACCUCCAGACGGCCCGCUGCCGGGAGAACAAGCACAAGGUGGGCUCUUUCUGCAAGUACAAGUGCAGACCCGGAUACCACGUGCCCGGCUCCUCCCGGAAGUCAAAGAAACGGGCCUUCAAGACCCAGUGCACCCAAGACGGCAGCUGGCAGGAGGGGGCUUGUGUUCCUGUGACGUGUGACCCUCCUCCACCGAAGUUCCACGGGCUGUACCAGUGCACGGAUGGCUUCCAGUUCAACAGCGAGUGCAGGGUCAAGUGUGAAGACAGCGAUGCCACCCAGGGGCGCGGGAGCAACGUCAUCCACUGCCGGAAGGAUGGCACCUGGAGCGGCUCCUUCCACGUCUGCCAGGAGAUGCAAGGCCAGUGCUCAGCCCCGGACCAGCUCAACAGCAACCUCAAGCUGCAGUGCCCUGAAGGCUACGGCAUCGGGUCGGAGUGUGCCACCUCGUGCCUGGACCACAACAGCGAGUCCAUCAUCCUGCCAGUGAACGUGACCGUCCGCGACAUCCCCCACUGGCUGAACCCCACGCGGGUGGAGAGAGUUGUCUGCACAGCUGGUCUGAAGUGGUAUCCUCACCCUGCUCUGAUUCACUGUGUCAAAGGCUGUGAGCCCUUCAUGGGAGACAAUUACUGUGAUGCCAUCAACAACCGAGCUUUCUGCAACUAUGACGGUGGGGAUUGCUGCGCGUCUACGGUGAAGACCAAAAAGGUCACCCCCUUCCCUAUGUCUUGUGACCUACAGGGUGACUGUGCUUGUCGGGACCCCCAGGCCCAAGAACACAGCCGGAAAGACCUCCGAGGAUACAGCCAUGGCUAAGGAAGGACAAGGCGUUGUCAAAGAAUUCCCAAUGCCAGGACCCGCAUCCCUUUGGUAUUGAUUUCACAGUCAGCUGCUCAACGGAAUGGCCUCUCCACACCAGGGAUCCUUAGCACCCAACCGGUCUGCCUUUAAUUUCACCCAGGAAGGACUCGUAGUGGGGGCACGUGAACCAAGUCUCGCCAUGUUGAAUGAUGGAAUGGAAUCCCAUCCCAAAGUCUUAGAUGGAUUGCAUAUACAGCGUGCAGUCCCUGAGCCUCCUAAAAUUCUAACCGUUUGUCACACGACCACAGCAAGAAACAUGUAUCUAGGAGUUAUGUAUCUAGGAGUGUGCCCAUCUGUGGUUAGUAGGCAUGCACGUGUACGCACCCAUGCAAACAUCCGCGUGAGGGCAGUUUUGGAGACUGAGCAGAGAGAGACUGGGGCACACUCAGUCUUUCCUCUCCCAAGCUCCUAGCCAACACUGUCCUUGGGAGAAAGAGAGUUACAGAAACUGCCAAGACCAAGUGUUGAAAUGCUAAGAUAGCUCACACCCUGAGGCUUAAAAUACGUAAGGUGUGCACAAGUGUGCAGUCCUUUGGGAUUGGAAGUGAAAUGGUCUCUGAUCACCUACCUUCUAGGGAAGUAGGACCCAGGAAGAGGUAAAGAAUCCAAGGUAUGCAAAGCCCCCAAAUUCUUCCGCUGCCAUGGGGGAUUUUACCGCAACUCCGGGGUUCGAGGCCAAGCUAGAAAUGGCUUAGGAUUGCAAUGUCAAGGUAUUAUAACAGCCCCCUGCUUGAGGCUUGAGGCCAUAAUAUCCCUCCCAUUCCCCAAAUCUUGCCUUGGGACCACAUUUGCUGCUACUUUUCCGGCUGCUCUAUCCUAUACAUUGAGUACCCCAAGAUGGUAGGACUAGGUUAGGAAAAACCCCACACAACCAAACAGUCUGCCUUAAAAGUGACCCACAUUUUUCCACAGCUCCUCACCUCUUAGCCCUUCUGCAAGAGAAAACCCCUCAUAGGCCCACAUGGUGAGAAGUGAAGUCCCCCAUGGGUGGGCUUCUCAUCCUGGAAGGGAAUUGAGGGACUUAAGAUGCUGGAACCCUCACUGAGAGUCCAGAAUGUCUAAGCCAGUGUUAGAUUUUAUAACCAAGUGGAACAGUGUUAAGUUUCUGUGAUGUUGGAGCCCUGCAGAGACUGCUGGAAUUUUAGGGACUCUUGAGUUACCAUCCUUAUCCAAGCCUUCCUGCCCCUCCAGGCUAGAGCAGGCUUUGGGUCUGAGGACCUCACUUUUGCCCCGAGUAGCUAGAGUUCUGGAACAGACAACUGUCUUGCAUGGAAUCUGUCUGGACUGUGUUCCAGAGGGGCUGUCAGAGGGAAGCCGAAGAGUUCACAGCCUCGGUCCCCAACACCCCAGCACGGCCAUCAUGCUUUCCACAGUCUUCCAGCUCCCGCUACCCCAGCCACACCUGUGGUUGGGCGGCCCUUCCCUCUCUCCUGUGCUCAGCCUCCGAAAGUUAAGAGGAAAUUAGCCAAACGCGCAUAGAAGCCUCCACCUCUUUGGGGUCCUCUUUGCCUCUGUUCAGCCAGUUACCUGUCCACUCCUUUUGAAUUAAUAUGGGAAGAGAUGGAUCCAGAAUGAGGUGGAGAGAAUGCUUAAGUUUGACGUGAUUUUUGAAACUGAGAAAGUGAGGUGAUGGGAGUGUCUAAACUAGAUAUAUCGCAUAAAGAUUGCUACAGAUCAUCUCAAGUCUAGUGAAGACAACCAACAAAAACAAGGUUUAGCACAGCAAUGGAAAAUACUAGGCACAUGGGCUGACCCUCCUCAUUCCUGCAUCUGACGCAGGCGUUGUUAAUCAGCUAUAGCCCUUUUUCCAGGGACCAAAAAUAACUUCAGAAACCUUCUUACUGUAUCACUCCCAACAGCAAUUACCUACUGAUCAAGAACACUUGAGAAGAUAUCUAUUGGCCAUCUGUGGUCUGUUAUAUUAAGAAAUAUAUCAAGGUGCUUUUUGCACAGGUGCCCACAAAUAAGGAUGCAGUGCUUAGGUAGUUUUGUGUGGCUUGUACCAUAUUACAAACUCUUAGAUUGGGUUCUAGGCGCUCCACUGUUAAGGCCUGGCUCAAAUCCUUUUAUGUUUCCUCUCACAAACUUAUAUCUCAUUUAUAUUCAGGGCAUUUUUUUUCCCUCUAAUUACCAGGGCCAAUCCUUGGCAAAAUAAUAAUAAUUAUAUAAGCAUUGAUCCCAUUUUGUACCCCUCUCCAGUAUCUCAGAACUCUUGCCAACUCUUAAAGCCCCUCUUUUGCCCUAGCUGAGUUGUCAACCUGGGUGGUGCUAGCUAGGAAGGAACAAACUAAGAAAGAUAACAGAGUCAGCCCUCCCAGUUGCUUUUUUACAUCAAUAAGUAGUGCAAAGCCUUGGAGACCCAAAGACAACAUUACUAACGGUGGGGUGGCAGGAAUCACAGAAGAACCUCACCAGCUUCCCUGAAAUCGACUCUCAUGCUCUUUCCUCCUUCACUUGCACACACACUUCAGCUGACAAAAGUUUCCUGAAGGCUGACUUCUUACCUUCAGAUUCUCAGAUUGAUCAAGCCCUUAUGAGCAAAGAGUCUUCCAGUCUCCUUCUUACCAUCAUUCAAACCUGUUACUCACAAAUUCAUAUUUGCCAAGGAUAUUAGGUGGGAGAGGCUGCUUGAUUGACAGCCAGCCUUGGGCCCACAUGCAAGGUGUCAUUAAUAGGCCCUUCUCAAACCUUAGUGGAGGACAGUCAGCUCUGUUCAUGCAAUGCACUGAUUCUCGGUUUCAUUUUCUUUCUGGGGAUAAACUCACUCAGUAUCUCAUCCCCUGAUCAUCAUCUCCAGUUGAGGACAGUGGAGUACUCACAAGGAGGCAGCUCUGAAACCCUGUUGUCUGUCAGCAGCUCAGAGGUCCUAAAGCACUUGGAGGUUCUGAAGAUGUAUUAGCUUCUUCAGAACUUGGAAGUUCUGAAGAAGUAUUAGCCUGUUAACAGCAAGGAAGAAAAGAUAAGGUGGACAGUUCUCCAAGCCUUCUCUUAGGAAGACUUUCCAAGCUGCAACCCUACUGGCUGCCAGAGGACUUGCAUUACCCCCCAGAUUCUGUGCCAACCACCUUUUAAGGGAAGACUGUCCUUGGGAAGUCCAUUCUGGUGGCUGAAUUGGGGUGUUAUGAAAGGGAGAGAUCAAUGACUGUAAAUAGUAAGGCUCUGAAGAUGGAGGGUGUCAGCUGCUACUCCUGGCUUCAGCAUGUUGAGUCACUGCCUAGACAGUUCUCUUGGUCUUCUUCCCACCUUGGCCAAUGCUUCAAUGCUAUUUGUUGAAAAUAAUUCUUUGAGACAGAUUUCGGCUACCUCCCUUCCAGGUUUGAUUUAACUUGGUUCUAACUGUCAAUUUGUUAUAGGUCUUACCUGUGUUAAGGAAGGAAGGAAAGAGAGGAAGAAAGAGAGACAUAGAGAAAGGAAGGAAGGAAACCAUAAAUUCAAGUGAACAGUUUUGAGGUUUUGUGUUUUGUUAUGUUUUUUUUUUCUGGAACUACUUCAAGUGGGAAAAUAAAAAGAAGAAAUUGAUGGUGACAAAGCUGUACAGAUAGAGAUUAAUAGAAGACAAGGAGAUUAAAAGUAAAUAAAAUGCAUGAUUAAAAAUAAGAAUUUUUUUAAAACC